GUGCGUCACAUACAUUGACUGUAAUGGUCACACAAAACAGACCGCGUUGGUGGGGAGCAGCCAUGUUGGUUUAGCUGGCACAGCAAUGUUUUACGAAGUGGUGCGCAUAGCGUGCUGCUAAAAGUGGAUUUACUGCUAAUCUUCGACUGACGGUCAACAAGAACGGCACCAAUAUGUCAGCGGACGAUUUUCAGACGAAGUACGCCUCGGUCAUGGAGAGUAUGCUGAAGGGUGCUGUCGCCGAGACCACCAAACUUUUCGAAACUAUGGUUGAUGACCUCAAGGCAGAGAUCACCAAAAUUAAGAAAGAAAACGAGGACCUCAAGAGAAAAUGUAGCCAAUUUGAGGAUGAAAGGGGGAAAACUGUAUGUGAUAUCCAAGAGAGAGAGUCUGAUCCGAGGCGGAGCGAAGGCUCUGGGAAACGUGACACAGCCGUUCAAUGUGGUGAGUCCGGAUAACACGCAUGAGCUCACGAAUCCUUACCAAUUCAAAGUGUGUAUCUUAAUAACAAAUUUUGACCCUCAAAACAAUAUAAGCCGUGAGUGUUAAAUGGGACAUAUUCGGCCACUCCCUCUGAGGUUUUUGGAUAGCUAGCUUCGCUUAGCUUGGUGUUAGCUAAAGCGUGGGAUCCAGAUGAGGAGGGAAACCGUACCAUGCUAACUGAGCUGAGAGUGGUGGGAAGAGACUCUAUAUAUGGUCAAGAUUCACACUGUCAUGUAGUUCGUCAUUAUAAAAAUAUACAAAUAAUGGUAGCUAUAAUAAAAAAGCUUAACUUCCGUUAUUCAGGUUGACUUUGUUAUUCAAUUGAAUGACAAAGAAUGAAACUGCUUAACAAAUGUGUUAUCAAGGCAGUAUAGAGCUGGAAGUGACAUACAGUGAACCCUCAUGGUCUUUGUUACCCUAGUUUAAACCAGAAGAGAAAAUGAAAGUAUGAAGCCCUCUCUUUCUGCCUGUCUCUGCUUUUAAAGAAAACACAAAACAAACAAAUGAAAAUUCAAAAUACACCUUGAAAUAAAAUGUGUGGUUGAUGUCAUACGAAAGCCCGGGAACCUUGGCCUCAGUAGGUCACUUUGACGUCUGGGUGAUAAAACAAUAAUGAUAUAUAUCAAAUUAACUUUACUCGAUGAAAAACCAUAACAUGGUCAAUAUGCUGUUCAGUCGUCAGCUUUUUGCGAUGUUUUGAUAGACUAUACGAAUAGCCAAUGACAAAGGGGGUUGCUUCGGGUCGCGCUAUGCCAAACCAAUCAUGUGCUAAAUUAGAAUCAAGUAGCAAAAAAAUGUGUAGUAGUGGGCUGCAGCUAUAUGCAACCAUAGCACUUUAACACGUGAAACUGACAGCACUGUUGGUGAGAACAAAAGAAAAUGACUGCUACCCCCAGCAGAAAUGCAGAUAAAAGGUCCUUUCGCACUGGGACCGUUUUUGUUGUGUGAUUAUUUCGGACAUCAAUAUUUUUUUUGAACCCGUAUCCUGUCAAUACAAGCGUUCACAUCAGCGACGUUUUCCUGUCUUGCAAUAUUUCUGCUUUUUUUUUUUCGGAUCAUGGUCAGUUUUUCUAAAGUUUCGCAUACUGUGUGUCCACUUCUGACUGAUCAGAUUGCGUGUUGUUGCAACGUCUAAUUCACGGUAUAUCCAACAUGGCCGACUGGCUUAUUGUUUACGUGUCGGAGAACAUAGUGCUUUUUGAUAAAAAAUACAAACAUUACAAAGAUAACAACCUGAAGGACAACUUGUGCAGAGUCAUAGCGUCGGAUCUCUCACAUAACGAUAGUUUGUGUGCUUUAACAGUUUGCGAAACGUCUUUGUUUUAACUUUCAUCUGCGCUAAGUAACUUUAGCUCGUAAGCUAGCCUGUUCAGAUACAACAUACCAUAUGUGUUUUAUGUCAAGUACAUGUUCUCGCAAAGUCAGGGAAUACCUCAAAUCUUUUUCACCACUUGAAGCAGUGCUACGUGGCAGAGCAUGCACAAUGCAAAAGGUUACAAACCCCAAGCAGAGCAAGGAGCCCAUGGCGCCUGUGCAGCCGAAAUAGCCGACCAUUCAGUCUGCUUUCUCUAGUGCAACGCUGUACGGCAAAAUGUCGGAGACACAGAGACCUCACAGAUGCAGUAGCUUAUUGUAUUGCAAAAAGACAUGCUACCAAGUAGCACUGUUAAAUUUCAUUUUUUAUAUUGUGAUAUACAUCGAUACCAUCCGACAUAAAAAAAUGUAUCAUGAUAAACUUUUUCCCAUAUCGCCCAGCCCUUCUUGGACUAUACCCUGUUUGCUGGUGAUCUGUCUGUCUGUCUGUCUACCUAUCUAUCUAUCUAUCAGGAAGCAGAUUUUUUUCUUUAUAAUGACCGCUCUGCCAAGUCUUUAAGUGUAUUAGCACAUACUUGUUCCGUACAAAUGUCAGUUGUUUAAGAUAAGCCUACCUCAAUCGAUUCAUGUUAAUUGUUUUCCAGCUCUGGCUGGCUUGUUGGGACUGGAACAGUAGAAAGUCUUUCUCCUUUCACAAACAAUAUGUCAAGUAACAUCAAGCAUUGGCACAUUUCCCACAAUUCCACAGCAUCUGGCAAUGCAAAAUGGCAGAAUAGGCUAAAGGAGGAGUGCUUAAAUUGUUUGACAGCAGCCAUACUGGGAGAGUUUUCUGCAGAGUCUGCAGAUGUUAUCCUUUUAAUUUAUUGGUGCAUACAUUGGUAAUGCUGUUUUUUUUUCUAAUUUUCAAAAUAACAUUAAUCAACCCAACCCACCAACCAAUUAAGCCUUUUACUUAUUGCUCAGCUUGAGAGGUGAUAUAACAGUCUAACCAGGCACAGCCUUCAAACAACUGUAUCUUCAGUUAACAGGUCCCAAAUACGGCUUCUAUGUGCCAUGAUGUGCGAUACCAUCUGUGCCUGUUUACAUCCAGAUAAUAGAGCGUUGUAGCCCUUUGGCGGUGGCUGUUUGCCUACUGCAAUGCGCUUUUUAAAAUUUAACAUAUACUUAAUGGGAGAUUGGGCUAGCUAGUUCUCUGUACUUUAAAGGCUAUUUUUUUAAUGUGUUUAAACUCAACAGCCUUUGAGCAGGUGACUGUUGGAAUUGUUACCCUGUCUGGAAUAGUCAGGACCCCAUUCAUUAAGUAACCCUCUUGUUGUCUUUCUCUCUCCCAAUAUACAGACCUUGUUCCUUUCCGUACAGUGCUGGUGGAGCAAUGUGAACCCUUACAGCCCUCAUCGUGGCAAAACCAAGUGCAGCAAUGUGGUUUUGACACAAUGCAGUAUGUUUGGCAGGAGCACAACUAUGAGAACCGUGAUGAGAGAAAUUCACAGAUGGCAGUCAUACUUGUUAAACAGGAGGUUCGUGAGUGUUGCAGCAGACAGUAACAACAUUUGUAUUUUAUGUGUGUCAUCAGUGAGUUUAAAUUUUUGUCACCCCCCUUUUCUAGGACCUUGUUGACUCCUCUCAGCAGUCUGAUUUCAAGCAAGAAGACGGUGAGUCCAUUUUGUCCUUAAAAUAGUGACAUUAUUUUCAGCUGAAUAUAACCAAUGUCAACUGAUUGAUUUUUCUACCAUUGCAUUUGUGUCUAGGUUCACCACUGAUGUCUGAUGGUGUACUUGAGAAGGAAGGGCAUGUUGUUAACGAAGAAUACCCAUCUGCAGAGAUACCAUCAGCUCUAGAAAAUGAAGAUACCCAAGUGUCCCUGGAAUUGUUCAAUGUAGGGUUGGAUAACAGUUUGCUUGGAGUCCAUAACCAACCAUCUGAUCUGGGGAAUUCACUGUCUGCAUUAAAAGGUGACAGGGAAAAAGGGUCUGGUAUUGGCAUGCAGAUAUCAGAAACUAGGACCCCAGAAGAUCCCAUGACACUUGAAAAACACCCUACAGUUAUUGCUCAGAAUCAGCCAGAGAUUGAACUUCAUGAAAAUGAGCAGCCAGCAGAUGGAAAAGUAUCAGUAAAUGAACAAACAGACGCUGAUUUGCCAAGUCAAUUGGUUGACACACAAUAUACAGAAGAACAAUCCUCCAAACCUACACCACCGAACAAGUCCCAAGCAGUUGAUGAAUCAAAAAACGCCACAUCCGAAGCAGAGCCACCCCCACCGGUCAGGCGCAGAAGAGGAAGGCCGCCAAAGAAAGCAAAGCCAGUGAAACAGGUACUACUACCAUCUUCUACUGUUUCAGCAGAGCAAGAAGUGAAAAAUUCCCCUACCACAAGGAUGGGAAAGACUAAAGCCUCCAUUGUUGAAUCAUUGAAUAUUACCUCAUCCAGGUCUUCACUAAGAUCUAGGAUACACCCUAAAGAGUCUUCACCCUUUAUCAACCUGUCAGUACAAGAGAAAGUGAACACUUUUCUGGAAGACAAAGAGAACAGUACGGUUGAUUCUUUGGCUUUUUUAGGAUCACCUCAGAGUAGAAAACCCUCCUUUGAAAACAAAAAAGCUUCUGAAACCCACCAGCUCUCCAUGGUCACAAAAGAUGGGUCAGCUCAAGCUUCUCCCAUUGAACUUUCCUCUACAGCCCAAAAACAAAACAGUCCAACAACUGAGUCACCCCAAGAACCAUCGCUUAGGUCCAGAGAACGCUGCACCUCUGUAACUCUUCAAGAUGCAAUGCUUUUAGUUGAAGCCAUGAAUCAGUCAACAGAGGAGAAUACACAAUGUUCCCCACAAAAAGUAGCAGCAACAGCCCAAACCUUGAAAACUGUUGAGGAGGCACGAGUUGAAUCUGAGAAACAAUUGAUCCCUGAGGAAGCUAAGAGUCAUGCUCCUCCUCAGACCACAGAUGCCACUGCAACCACCGAAGCCCGAGCCCACAUCAAGAAUACCACACCAAAGCAACAGCAUCCAGCCACUCCAUCCACUGCUGGUAAACCCUCAGUGGCCACAUCGACAACUGCAACUCAAACAAAUGUGAAGUCAUUUCAGGAGCACCCACCACACCCCACUCUCAAAUCAGUGAUGCAAAGUAAACAGAGUGAUUCUGUACAUCAUAAAAUUAUUGUCAUGUCAAGAUCAUCCACCUCAGUAAUGUCUUGCAAAUUUGCAGGAAAGUCCCAAACUCAGCUUCCCUCUGUUGUGUCAACAGUAAUCGCAGCACAAAAUAAUGGUGAACUUCCAAGAUUGACCCCUACAGGCACACUUCCUGGAAAACCCUCCCUUUGCUCCAUUCCUCAGAAAACUCUUUAUGUUUCACCACAAAAAUUGCAUCCUGUCAUCUCUCUGCAGUCCACUCCCCCUCCACCAGACCCACGGUCAGGGCCUCUCUCUCAACCAAAAUUGACCAUUUUAAUUCCAAGACAGCAGUCAGCCGCGGCAACGAGGAAACAGUCCCAGGCCGCAGAUCUAUCAACGAAACAAGAGUCUGCUAAAUCAUCUGAUGCUGUUCAGUUGACGCCAUCAGAGUUCAUGUCAUCAUCUCAGGUCUUUAGGGUUUCUGAUGAUGCACAAAUCACCUUUGAUGAAGCGGCCCCAAUAACAGAAAACCUGGAACCUCACCAGCAAACUUUGAAUGAACCCUCUGACACCAGCUCCAGUCUAGACCUGUCAUACGGGCCAACAGCCAUGUCUUCAGCAUCACCACUGAUUGAUGAACAAAAGCCCUCCGCUGUCAUCAGAUUAAUCAGGCUCCCAUUUCAAAUGUCUACCAAAGAGGCAGUUUUACUCUCACAUCUGUCUACAAGUGAAUCUUCUGAUACAGAGUCUGUAUCAAAAGAGAGAACCAUGAAGGAGAAACCCUCAUUUUUGGGCCUAUCAGUUCAGCCUUUAGAGACACGAGUGUCCCCCUCUGACACUUACUGCAUUUCAAAAGAAACUUCUGUUGCUGUAUCUGAUAGAACUUCCCAGAUAUCAGAUAUUCAAGAGGGAGCAUCAUUAGACACGGUUUCUGAUGAACCCACUGACAGGGAGUAUGUGCAGUUUUCUGCACCUCCAUUCUUAAAGUCAGCAACCGCCAUCCACGCAACAGAGUCCUCAGCUUCAUUUGGCAUGCCCAGUGAACCCUCUGCCACACAAUUGGAAAAAGAAAUAAGAAGCAUGCUAGUGCAAGGCUCUGCAGGACCUGAGGACCCACCUAUGGAGCCACAGUCACCUGCUGUCAUUCAUCUUCUGUCCAUUAAAUCCAGGGACAUAACUGACCCACAUGUACAGAUGACUAAAGCCCAGUUCCUGGCACAGCUAGCUGUCUCGCCUAUUGUGCAAGAACAAAAUCAGGUAAUGUGGCGCUUAACUCAACGCAGUUUGCCUGGCAGUGUGAUGCGAGGGUAAUAAGUUUAUUCACCGAUUAAAGACCGUGUAUACGAACUAUGAUCAAAGGUCGUGUAAGAGUGACCUUUGUAAAAGAAAAACACCACAGGCCACAGGCUUUUUCAAGUUUGUCAAAUAAAAAUAUGUAAUGUCCAAGUUCAGACAGUGUCUGAUUUUAAGGGCAUCAAGUUUGCUUAUUGUCUUUUGUUAGGAGAUGUUUUUAGGCGUAGACCAAUUAUUACCAGGGCUGAUAUUCACUAUUUUGCCAGUUAGCUGUACCUGUCCUUUUUUGUAAAUUUGAUAUUAAAUACUUUGGCACACUAUCUGGUUUAUUUGAUUUCACUCCAGCAGGUGAGGCAACUGUACUGAGAGUGUAGCUGGUUAAACAGUGAUUCCUGUAUAUGGUGUUGAAAGUUGAGGCUUUGAUCAAACAUUUGCUGAAGGCAUUUGAGCCAAGUUAUGAAUCACAGUAAUAUUCCAAUGUUAGACUUUGACAUUAAGUUUUUCAUUUUUACUGUAGAUGUGGUUCAUGAAAUAAUAACCAGUAUUGUUUCUGAAAGCCAAUAUCAAUCAAAUCUUUUUCUAUUAUUUACAAGUCAAUAGAUGUGUGCCCUAUCUGAUGCAAUUGAAUAUCAAAGUAAUAACUUCUACAGAAAGCAAAAUAGUGCCUUCCUUGUAUGGAUUAUACACGUAGUGCAUACAGAUGUUGUAUUUUUAUGCUAUGAUCAGAGUUUCUUAUUUUGCAGACUAAUUUUCUCUUUUUUUUGUCUCAGACCUUCAACUCUGUAGAUGCUGAUGCUUCUUGUCUGACCAGCACCAGUGACAAGAAAAGUAUACAGAGAAACAACCUUGUGGCCAAACUCAGAUGUCACCUCAAAACACACUCCCAAGCCAGAAACUCAGUGAGAAACCAAGAACCAUGCACUGAAACAGAAACCCUCACUGCAAGCCCGAAGAAACCUAGAUUGGAAACUGAUAGUCCAGAUGACCCAAUGACUGGACCUGUUCCCCUUAGCCUAGAUAAACAAGGAACAGUUGUGGAUACUACCGCUCCAGAAAAGACUGAGGAUGACCCCUCUCCAAUAAGUUCCAGGAAAUCUGGAGUAUGUAAGGAUGGUGUGCGAUCCAAGAGAUGUGUAAGUGAACCAGCCCCGGUCAAUUCUAGGAGGCUCAAGGCCAUGAAUGACUCAAUACUUGUGAGUCAUGGGAGAUCAACGUCAGGCAAAGACUGUGUUGGUUCAAAAAAUAAGUUCACCUCUGUGAGUCCUAGGUCUACCUCAGCUAAAGAAAGUGCUAGUCUUAAAAAGACUAAAGGCACUUCUCCAAGUCUCAGAGGGUCUGGUUUAACCAAAGAAAGCCCUAAAAAAAUCAAAACUUCCACUGUACGGAAGAGUAUUUCAUUACGAGAUAAUACUAGUCCAAAAAGCGACGGUGAAACCCCUAAACAGACCAAAUCGAGGGUCAAGAGAAAUGAUUCUAUCAUUAAGAGUGGAACUGAUCUCCAGAGUGUUGGAUGGGUAAAACUGACUGAAAGUGUCAUUUCUAGUCAGACCGGGGAAUCCAGUCCUGCUCAGAAACACAAAUUGAUUCAAGAAGGUUCUGGUCCAAAUGAGAAUUUGAGAGUGACCAAAUCUCAAAAGUUAGCUAAAGCAGCAGAGGCUACAACAGAAGCCAGAAUCAGUAAAUCAGCAGGUAGCACAGGAGAUGUGAGGAAAUUGUCAGCUAAAGGCGUGUGGACUCCUCCUAUCAUGCCACUCAGUAAAACAUCACCAGCUGGGGGAAAGAGUUCACCAAACUCUACACCCAUGAGGACAGACACAAAAACUCCAAAACAGACACUAGUUUACCCACCCAGCAUUCCCCUCCAUCCAAUACCUGUCAGAGCACCGCCCGUGGUGUCACCAUUACAGCCACUGUCUGUCAUUGGUUGGCGUCUGCUGAAGAACCAGUGUGGGGAGUGCGGGCGCAUCCUCAGCAGUAGUGCUGCUUUAGAGAGCCAUGUCAGUCUCCACACAGGUCACAGGCCUUUCUCUUGCAAGCUUUGUGGGAAACGCUUCCCAGACUCCAAGGGGCUCAAAAGGCAUGGACGUGUGCACCGCAAUGGUCGCAUCCAUGUGUGCCAGCAGUGUGGAAAGGGUUUUGUCUACAGUUUUGGCCUCACCAAGCACCUCCAGAUGGUGCACAGCAGGAUUAAACCUUUUGUCUGCCAGGUUUGCAACAAGGGAUUCUACUCUAAGCGAGAUGUGGAAGCCCACAUACGGAUCCACACAGGAGAGAAACCAUUCCACUGCAACCUCUGUGAAAAGAAAUUUGCAAGGAGGACAGAGCUGAAUGUGCAUUUGAGGUGGCAUAAUGGGGAGAAGAGACACUGGUGCCCGUACUGUGGUAAGGGAUUUUUAGAUAUUAAUAAUCUGAAAAGGCACAAGUAUAUUCACACAGGAGAGAAACCACAUUCCUGCCCACACUGCCCCAAGCACUUCACACAGUCAGGCCACCUGAAAAAGCAUGUGAAGAAUGUGCAUAAGAUCCAGUGAAUAAUGGAAAUCCAAGAAGCCAGCCUAGUGCUCUCACAAGAUUUUAUUUUAUUUUUAUCAUAAAAAGUAAAAAGUUUGAAUUUUUGGAAUAAUUGUACAGAAAGGAUCAUUUUACUACUAUUUUGAUGUCAUUUAUAUUUGAAGUGGUUGAAGAAUUUGAUUAUUCUUUGAGUUUUUGUUUUACUCUAAAAUGUUUGAUGUAGCUGUUGAAAUCUAAAAAAAAAAAUGUGUGAGUAAUAUCCCUUCAGAGGUGCCGCUUGGUGCAUUUUUGAGCCUUUAAUUGUCCUUAGUGUGAAGCCUAACUGUUUUUUCUCAGUAGACCCACCAAACCUUGGACAAGGGCUUGAUGAAAAGUUACUGCCUGCCUGAGUUGUCAUAUUUUCCUAAUUUCUUGUAUUUGUUAUUAGCAUUAGUAACAGUUUUAGAAUAUUGUAGCACACAAAGCGUGAAAGCUGCUGACCAGUGUGAUAUAAGGAAUGUAAAUUAUUUUGACUGCCGUGACAGGGUGAAUUUGGUAAACAAAAAAAAUAAGGUUGAAUUGUUAGUAUUAUUUAUCUGUAGAUAUGUCAAUGUUUACAAGUGUUUUCAAAAUUAAGAUUUUUAUGUUCUAACAUUACAUCACUUUUAUUAUUUCUUAUUUUAUUUUAAUGACUUUACAGUCGUGGUCAAUAGGAAUAUUUGUCUGUUUAUGCAAUAAUUCAUUGACUUCAUGACUCCAGACAUAUCAUAAAGUUUAAACUGCAGGAAUUUAUCAUGAGAAUAUUUUUGCAAAGUUUUGAUUUCUAAUGUAUCGUAACUUAACGUUGGUCACAUUUUGUCAUCUCAAUUGCUGCAUUUUGAGGAGCCAGACACAGCCACAGGUGGCUUCUGAAAGAACUCUCUGUGAUGACAAACCUGAAGAGUCUUUGUCAAACUUGUAUGAGAACACCAGGGUAAAUGUUCAGGAUCCACUGUGAAUGUGAAAAGACCUCUGGACAUUAAAGUUUGACCUAAACUGAAAUUUGAUCUCUGGAUUGUCACUAAAAGCAGAUACAAAUUUCAUUUUUGUUGAAUCCCCGUUUUUCAUUGUCAACAUUUUGAGCGUGUCUCUGCAAACAAGAUCCAAAGAGUGUUGAUUUACAACUACAUAUUACAAAGCCCAAAAAGGAGUAUUUCAGAUGAAUUGACACAGAUUUCUGUGCUUUCUAUCCAGACUGAUACCUCACUUCUGGUUCCGUCAAUUUAAAGAUUGAAUGCUCAAGAAAAAUGAACCUGAACACAAAAUCAAGCAAAUAUGCUUCCAUAUAUGACAAAUAUUCUUGAUUCUAACUUAGUGAAGACAUAAAUAAAUAGUUUAAGACCAGUGCAAACCAGCUGUGUGAUACUCAAUAUGCAAAGUCAAGCAACUACUUGAACAACUUGGUUAACAAGCUCUAAAAUUCACUGAAAACACACUCUGGGAAACUGAAGCAAUUGUUCAUGUGUCUUUGGUUCACACUCUUCAAAGGUAGAAAACUUGAGAGUAGUAUGGUGUUGACUUGAACGUUAAGAUGAAAAAUGGCAGAGACAUCAGUUUACUGUAAAAGAGGAUGUGUUCAUAUGAUUUUGUUUCAAAACCAGACAAUUGAAAAGUAUCUAAAACAUCAGUAAUUAAAUAAAGACGAGUUUCUGCAGUAGAAACGCUGUUUUCUCUAUAAAAACACAAACAAAUCAGUGAUAACAUUAAAAUGACCUAAACAGUAACUAUGCUGCUGCAGUGCAUGGAUGCUGGGUUCAGUAGUUGCUCUUGUACUCAAUAUUAGCCUUGUGUGUGCACAGUGUCUAACUGCAGUAGUUAUGCAGACACAAUAUUAGAGCCGCUGAUAGAGUUGAACAAUUUUCAGCUUCUGUUUGCUUUGCAUGCAUUUGAUAUAUAAUAAAUAUAGAGACAGCAGCUUAUUCUUCACCUUGAGGACCCGCUCAGUUUAAAAUGUUUUGCACGUGGAUGUGACUCUUCAGAAGCAAUGGAAGUCAAUGGACCAGCUCAUGGGGGUCCCCUGGAGGCACCAGGGUCCUAAAGACCGGCUCUAUUUUUAAUGAUACCCAAUUAAUUCUGCUAACUGUGCUGUUAACUACACUUUAAUUUAUUUACUUAGUUACAAUCAGUUACCUUCAAUGUAGACCACUUUUCCUUCCUGCCUCAUGUCAACACAUUUACUCCAACACCUCAUAAAACAAUGAAAUUAUGAGAGACAAGUUACAGUGUGUUCAUAAUUUAUUUUUCUGCUGUCAAAGGUGUGAAAGUAUAGCUGAAAAUUAGUUCCAACAAGGAUUUGAUUACAAUAAUGGGUCACAAGCAGGAGGACAAAAUACACCCCAGAGCAGAGGGAGCGUUUUUUUGUUUGUUUGUUUAAUUUUACUGUUAAAUGAAUCAUAUCAAAGUUUCAUGCUUGCUCUGUGAUUUAAUAAUUUCCACCUGGGACACCAGGGGAAGUAUUGUUUAUGUUAAGGACAAAGUUUCCGGAUAGGAGUCAAUAGGAAAUAGGAAAAUUUGUCUGUUUGCGCAAUAAUUCAUUGGCUUGAACAAUGACUGUAAAGGUGUAAUGACUCCAGACAUAUAAAGUUUAAACUGCAGGAAAGUUUUGAUUUUGUUUUAAAGUUUCAGGAGAUUGGAGCCAGUUUGUGAUAUUGCAAGUUAUGUUCAAACGUACUGCGAGCUGUGGUUUAAGAUUUGCAAAUAAUCUUCGCAUCAAUGAGUUAUUGGAAUCCUGAUGGCCAUGUUGUAAAUGCAUCGUCAUCCAAACUUGUGCAUCGGAAAUUACAUUAGGACAGUAUUUGAUUUCUUCAAAAUUGGCCUAAACUCAACUGAAUGUUUUUAUCAUAAAUACAAAUAAUUUUAGCACACUUUAUCAUCAGACUCAACUGUGAUUAUGCUAAUUGCCCUUUAAUGCUCAAUUAGGACAGAUACCAGCAGGCACAACCAAAGAGACAGUGAUAGGGUUAAGGCGGGAGGACCAGCAGAAGGAACUAUUGACUGAUAGCACUUGCCUACAUUGCCAACUUUAUCUACAGCUGUAAAUUCAACUAUCUGUGAGCAACAGGAGGCAGUAUAGUUUGCCAGGACUACAGGAUCACUUAAAGAUGUGUAGGUGAGGUUCCCCUGUCCUUGCUGCAGUGUAAUUUUAUCUAUUCCAGUUCCAUUCCCAUCUGUUAUGUUGGCUGACAGCUCCCAUUCAAAAGAUUCACACUGAGACACGUCCUUAGUGCAUUUAUCAGCCAGCACGCUCACCACUUUACACAGGGGUGGAUCAAAAUCUGUAACCUAGACAGAAUAAAAGGAACAGAAAGAUGUGAAAUUAAUGCAUGGAUCUUUGAGCGAUCCUGAACUUGUGUGAUCCAAAAAGUUUGCAUGUCUUAGCUCCUUAAACAUUUAUAGUCGAGCUCAUAGUUAUGAUGUUCAAAGCUUCACAAUAAGGUUUCAAAUUUUAUAUUGAUCCUUAAGUAACACAUUAAACUCUAUUUUAAAGCACGAGUUAUUUUAGGAUAUACAGUAUACAUCGUGCAAUCCUGUUGUUUGUUGUAAAUGAAUGAUGAAGUCAUUGGGACUUCAUCCAGGGUAUUUGUGGUUACCUUGGUGACAACAGAUAUCCUCAACACUGCGUAAUUGGAGUCAGUGCCUGACUUGGCCUCCAGAGUCACGGUGACAUCAGUGCCUGACGGUGUGCUAGGAGGUGGCGUAAUGGUCAAAGUAGCAUUGGCAUACUGUCCAGUUGUCAAGGUGAGGCUGUCAGGGAAAAGAGACAAUGAUUACAGAUGAUACGCCCAAGAUAGAAAAAAGUUGAUAGAAGCUUCACAAGAUUGAUGAUGACUGUAGCAGAGACGACCACUUUCUCAACCCCAACGCC